AUGCUUGCUUUUAUCCUUCUCUUGUGUUGUGGCUUGUUGGUCACCUUUGUUGCUGGCGGGAAUAAUGAGACAGACCGGUUAGCAUUGCUUGAGUUCAAAGCGAAGAUCGCUGAUGAUCCUCUCCAGGUUAUGAGCUCUUGGAAUGACAGCAUCCACUUUUGCCAAUGGCGAGGGGUCACCUGUGGUCGUCGACAUCAGAGGGUCACCGUAUUGAAUUUGCCAUCUUCAAAACUAGUAGGCUCCAUAUCACCACAUAUUGGAAAUUUAAGUUUUUUGAGGCAAAUAACCCUCCAAAACAACAGCUUGCAUAAUGAAAUCCCUCUUGAAAUUGGUUAUUUGCAUAGAUUGCAAGUCUUACGAUUGAACCAUAACUCAAUCAGUGGUAAAAUUCCUAGCAAUUUAUCCAGUUGCGCCAAUCUCAAAACUCUUCUUGUCACUUACAACCUUCUGACUGGAGAAAUCCCUGCAACGCUUGGCACCUUGUCAAAGCUCCAAUCCUUCUUUAUAAUUAACAAUAAAAUGAUUGGAGGUAUCCCACCUUCUUUCGAGAACUUAUCUUCUCUAGACGCCUUUGUAGCAUCUGAUAAUAACUUAGGUGGGAUUAUCCCACCAUUUUUUGGUCAAUUGACCAAACUUACAUUAUUCAGUGUGCCUGGAAAUAGGUUUUCUGGUACAAUUCCUCCCUCAAUAUCCAAUCUCUCUUCAUUGAUACUAUUUGAUAUAGCAGACAACCAAAUCCAAGGACAUCUUCCAUCAUACAUAGAUAUCACCCUACAAAAUAUGGAAAUAUUUAUUAUUGCAAACAACCAAUUUACUGGAUCUAUCCCUAUUGCAAUAUUUAAUGCCUCAAAUUUAGAGAUAUUUCAAUUAGAUCUAAAUGAGCUAAGUGGAAAAGUUCAUUCUUUGGAAAAGCUAAAUAGAAUUUCCUCUUUUUCCAUUAGCAGUAACAAUUUUGGAAAUGGAGGUGAGAAUGACUUGAGUUUUCUUUGUUCUUUGACAAAUUCCACCUUUUUGACUGAUUUGGAGAUAAGUUUCAAUAACUUUGGGGGAGAGUUGCCUAAGUGUGUUGGAAAUUUUUCAACUACUCUUAUCUAUUUAACUCUAGAUAAUAAUAAAAUAUAUGGAAAGAUUCCUAUUGAAAUUGGAAACAUGAUCAACUUGGAGAGACUUAACAUGUGGAACAACAAAUUAUCAGGUAAUAUUCCCUCUGAAAUUGGACAGCUUCAAAAGUUAAAAGUUUUGGAAUUACAUGAAAAUUAUUUCUUUGGGAACAUUCCAUCCUCUCUUGGAAAUUUAACGGUCUUGUUGAACUUGUAUUUACUUGAUAAUAAUCUUGAAGGAAACAUCCCGUUAAGUCUAAGCAAGUGCAAAGAAUUGUUUUCUUUGAUUCUUGCUAAUAAAUCUCAAUGGUUCAAUAUCUCCACAAGUCAUUGGUCUCUCAUUCUCACCAACUUUUCUUGA